AUGGCCACUGAAACGCCACUUCUCAUUGCUAAUAAUGUUAUAGAAUCAUAUCCUGAAGGCCACGAAACCACUGGAACACUCACCAUCUCCCUCGUCGGCUUUAAGGUCGGCGGCAACCCGUCUGGAAACUUGUCGACUGAAACUUAUCUCGACCUAACUCUUCCAUCUGGUGCCAAUUUACCAGUUCCUGCAUCCACACGGGUAUGGCAGCCUACACCGACAAGUUUUUCGAUUGAACUGAGCGAGUCAACUUUGGAAUAUUUACUGGAAGCUACAGGAGAUAUGGUUUCGCCCCAGACUAUACUUGAUUUUGCGCAAGCGUCUGCACCUAAUUGGUCCCAGCAGCAGGUGAGAUCAUUUUCUGAAACGCUGGAAACUGUGCAGUCAAUUUUCGCACAAUAUGCCCAAUUUGCACACCCGGAAAUGACACCUGGAUCACUGGUUCUGGUUGCAGAAGAAGACGGAAGUCCUGUGGCAAACCUCAAAGUGGAUGAGCCUAUACAGCCACUACCGAAUGAUAAGUCGCCUGUAGUUGUGGAGGUUAUUGAAGGAGGGGCACGGGUGAGUGUACGACCUGCUACGGAGGAAGAGCAGGCUGCGAUUGAAGCUGGGGUCGAUGCUACGAUGGUUGAUGAGCUUCCCAAGGCAUACAGGGAUGACAAGUUGAUUGGAGCAGCUGUGGGAGUUUCCCGAGGGUUAGUGUAUGCCUCGCAAACGCUUGCUCAUGGUCUUAAUAAGGCUGCGGAUUGGUAUACAUACUCGAGGCCUGUAACGGAGACUCCAUUAGUGUUUGAGGAGAGUACUAAGAAGCGGGUUCAUAGGGUUGCGCAGGUAUCUGGGACAGGUGCCAAGUAUACACGUAAGGCGUCUAGUGCUGUUCAGAAUCUUGCUGCUGGUCUUGGUGAGCGGAUGACUAAGAAGCGGGAAGCCAAGGCUGGAGGUAAGAAUGGAAGUUCUUCUCCAUCAUUAUUGAACCGGUCACUUGUUGCAUUUUCGACAGUUAUGGAUGGCUUGGAUACAGCUACACAGACUGUUGUGAACAGUGCAGCGGGGUCAUCUGCUAAAGUUGUUGGACAUGCGUAUGGACCGGAGGCUAGAGGGCUUGCAGAAGAAGUUGGACGGAGUGUUACGCAUGUUGCAGCUGUUUAUGUGGAUGUUAGGGGGGUAUCGAGGAAGGCGAUUGUUAAGGGAUUUACUAAGGGAGCUGUUCGUGGUGUUGUUAGUAGUGGUGGUGAUGGUGGUGAGCAUAAAGAAGAUGAAGCUCAGGUGGUUGUUUUAGGAGGGUCGGAAAAGGGGUUUGUAAAUGAGAGGUAUUGA